AUGAGUCCCCUACCUGAGGAAUUCGAUAUUAUCGUUUGCGGUGGUGGGAGUUGUGGAUGUGUAGUGGCUGGUCGUCUGGCAAAUUUGGAUCAUAAUCUUAAAGUCCUUCUGAUCGAGGCCGGAGAGACUAACCUCAACAACCCAUGGAUCUUCAGGCCAGGGGUCUACCCCCGGAACAUGAAGCUGGACUCGAAAACGGCAUCCUUCUAUGAAUCUCGCCCAUCUAAGUGGCUCUCCGGCAGAAAAGCUGUAGUUCCGUGCGCCCACGUUUUGGGAGGAGGUUCCAGUAUCAACUUCUUGAUGUACACGCGCGCUUCAGCUAGUGACUACGAUGACUUCCAGGCCAAGGGAUGGACUACUAAGGAACUCCUUCCGCUCAUGAAGAAACAUGAGACCUAUCAACGAGCUUGCCAUAACAAGGAUCUCCAUGGAUUCGAAGGGCCGAUCAAGGUUUCAUUCGGCAAUUACACGUAUCCAGUAAAGGAGGACUUCCUUAGGGCAGCAGAAUCUCAAGGUAUCCCCGUCGUCGAUGAUUUGCAAGACUUAAGUACCGGCCACGGCGCCGAACACUGGCUGAAGUGGAUUAAUCGCGACACCGGCCGACGUAGCGACAGCGCCCACGCAUACGUUCAUUCGACUCGCGCCGUCCAUGAUAAUCUCUAUCUAGCUUGUAAUACCAAGGUAGAUAAGAUUAUCAUUGAGAACGGUAGGGCCGUAGCUGUUCAGACAGUGCCAACCAAGCCGCUUCACCCCAGUCAACUAAAGACUCGCACCUUCAGAGCCCGAAAGCAGAUCGUCGUGUCCGGAGGCACGCUUUCUUCCCCGCUAAUCCUCCAACGAUCCGGCAUCGGCGACCCCGAUAAGCUAAAGAAAGCUGGAGUUGAGCCUAUUGUCAACCUGCCCGGUGUGGGCCUCAACUUCCAAGAUCACUAUCUGACCUUCUCCGUAUACCGCGCGAAACCCGAGACGGAAAGCUUCGAUGAUUUCGUUCGAGGUGUACCUGAAGUACAGAAGGCGGUAUUUGAUGAAUGGGCGGCGAAGGGAACCGGGCCACUUGCUACCAACGGUAUCGAUGCUGGCGUGAAGAUUCGCCCAACGGAAGAGGAACUUAAGGAGUUCGAGUCUUGGCCUACCCCACAAUUUAACGAGGGCUGGAAGUCAUAUUUCAAGAACAAGCCGGAUAAGCCGGUGAUGCACUAUUCCAUCAUCGCUGGUUGGUUUGGUGAUCACAUGCUACUCCCACCCGGUAAAUUCUUUUCCAUGUUUCACUUUCUCGAGUAUCCAUUCUCGCGAGGAUUCACCCAUAUAAAGUCUGCCGACCCCUACGAGGCUCCAGACUUUGACCCGGGUUUCAUGAACGACGAGCGCGACAUGGCACCGAUGGUAUGGGGUUAUAUUAAGAGCAGAGAGACGGCGCGUCGCAUGGAAGCCUACGCCGGAGAGGUCCAGGCGAUGCACCCUUUCUUUGACUAUGACUCUCCAGCCAAAGCCAACGAUAUGGAUCUCGAGACCACUCGACGUUACGCCCUCCCCGGUAAUCUAAGCGCCGGCUUGCAACAUGGUAGCUGGAGUACUUAUAACCCCGAGCCGUCCAGGAGACCGGAAGCCAACAUCCUAAACAGCAACAAGGCGGACAUCCGAGACGAGCUCAAGUAUAGCAAGAAAGAUAUCGAGGCCGUCGAGGAGUGGGUUAGGAGGCACGUAGAGAGCACGUGGCAUUGCCUAGGUACCUGCUCUAUGGCCCCGAAGGAGGGCAACAGCAUCGUUAAGCACGGUGUCCUAGACGAGCGCUUGAACGUCCACGGCGUCCAGGGCCUCAAGGUGGCAGAUCUUAGUAUAUGUCCCGACAACGUUGGUUGCAAUACAUACUCUACCGCUCUUCUUAUUGGCGAGAAGGCAGCAACGCUAGUUGCCGAAGACCUCGGAUAUUCCGGCGAAGCGCUCGACAUGAAAGUCCCGACCUAUAACGCGCCGGGCGAACUGGUACUUCCGUACCGCGUGUAA